AUGAAAUAGUAAUAAGGAGUUGUUGUUGUUUAACCUAAAUAUUAUGCCACCUUCAAUCAGACUCAACCCCCAUCUUAUUGGGACUAUGAGAAUGCUAAAAUCGAAUAUGGAUCAGAAGAACCUUAUGAGGCACUUUGUAAAAUUGGCAGAGGCAAAUAUUCCGAAGUCUUUGAGGGAGUAGACAAUAAGAAUGGAAUGAAGGUAGUACUUAAAGUGCUCAAACCUGUUAAAAAAAGAAAAAUACGUAGAGAAAUCCGCAUUCUUUAAAUCUUAAAAGGAGGCACUAAUAUUAUUGAUCUUUAUGAUGUGGUCAGGGAUGAAAAUUUAAAAAUCCCAACUUUAAUCUUCCCUUAUAUGGAGAAUACAGAUUUUAGAAGCAUGUUCCCUAAAUUAACAGAUAAUGAUAUCAAGCAUUAUUUAUUUGAAUUGUUAAAAGCUUUAGAUUAUGCUCAUUAAAGAGGUAUAUUUCAUAGAGAUGUGAAACCAUAAAAUAUUAUUGUCGAUCCAAAAACUAGAACCUUGAAACUUAUAGACUGGGGAUUGGCAGAAUUUUAUCAUCCCUCACAAGAUUAUAAUGUUAGAGUGGCAUCACGAUAUUUUAAAGGACCAGAAUUAUUGGUGGACUAUUUAUAUUAUGAUUAUUCUUUGGACAUAUGGAGUACUGGUGCAAUGUUUGCUUCCAUGAUUUUUAAAAAGGAACCGUUCUUCCAAGGGAAUGAUAAUUAUGACCAAUUAGAACAGAUGGUUUAAAAUAAUAUAUAAAAAAAUACAAUAUUAAAUUGGAUAAUGCAUACAAUGGACUCUUACUUAAGUAUAAAAUUCAUACUAUUUAUUUGCUAUCCGAAACAAGAUUGGCUAUCCUUUGUUAAUUAAGACAAUGCUAAUUUGUGUAGUUUGGAUGCCAUUGAUUUGUUGUCUAAAAUGUUACUAUACGAUCAUGCAGAAAGAAUCACUCCAAAAGAUGCUAUGCUACAUCAAUAUUUUGCAGAAUUAAAAAAGAAUUGA